AUGAGUGAAGCGGCCGAGACCAGUACCGCCCGCGCAGCCCCAGGCGCCGCGGCCACCACCACUGCCGCAGAGACGGAGAAGAAAGUGCUUGCCACUAAAGUUCUUGGCACUGUCAAAUGGUUCAAUGUCAGAAAUGGAUAUGGCUUUAUCAACAGAAAUGAUACCAAAGAAGAUGUGUUUGUUCAUCAGACAGCAAUAAAGAAGAAUAACCCUCGGAAAUAUCUGCGCAGUGUUGGUGAUGGAGAAACUGUAGAAUUUGAUGUGGUUGAAGGAGAGAAGGGUGCAGAAGCAGCUAAUGUCACUGGUCCAGAUGGAGUCCCUGUGGAAGGCAGCCGCUAUGCUGCAGAUCGCCGCCGUUAUCGACGUGGCUAUUAUGGCCGACGCCGAGGACCACCUCGUAGUGGUGGUGAAGAAGAACUCAAGGAUGGGGUCCCAGAAGGAGGACAGCUUCAUCAACAAGUCCAUAGGAAUCCUACCUAUCGUCCCCGCUAUCGCAGGGGACCCCCACGUCCUCACCCUGCCCAGGUGGCUGGAGAGGCUGAAAAAGAGAAUCAGCAUGAGACCAGUGCUACGAGUCAGCAGCCACUUCGCCGUGGGUAUCGACGCCCGUAUAACUACCCACGUCAACCUCGUCCGCCCAGUGCUCCAGCUCAGGAUGGGAAAGAGACAAAGGUGACUGAAACACCUGGAAAUCCUGCUCCAGUGACUGAGCGAAGUGGUGCUGAGUAGUGUCUGACUCCCCAGAUACCUUCACUGUCCUUCAGGUGUCCUAAAAUGUAACUGAAAACACAACACCAA